UUUCGCUUCGAUUCACACUCACACGGUGUGGAGUAAGAGAAGACAAGGAUAGCUCAGCCGGCUGUGCACCAUCCCGUCGCACUCUUGUUUUCUCUCUUUCUCCUCUCAUCAUCAACACUUCUGUCGCCGCCCACCAUGACAAGCGCUGCCUCAUUUCCUCGCAAGUACGCUGUCACCGUGUACGGCGCCACAGGCUUUACGGGAAAGCUGUGCGUAGAGUACCUUGCGCAACAUCCUCAGGGUGACGCCUUCAACUGGGCCGUCGCGGGUCGUUCGACUCAGAAGCUUCAGGCCCUCAAGCAGCAGUACAAUCUUCCCUCGAACGUGGGUAUUCUCCGCGCCGAGAACUCGACCGACGAUGUCAACUCGUCGGGCCUCAAGGAGAUGGUGCAACAGUCGGCCGUGAUUCUGAACUUGGUCGGCCCUUACGAGCUCAAUGGGUCCUUCCGCCUUGCAAAGCUGUGCGCUGAGCUCGGGACGAGCUAUACGGACCUCUCAGGCGAAUCGAAGUUCAACGCACGCCUCCAAUCCGAGCUGGACGAGACGGCCAAGAAGAGCGGAUCCAUCAUUAUCCCUUCAGUCGGAUACGACAGCAUUCCCCUCGACGUCACUGCCUACCUGGGCGCAAGGCGAGUCCGAGAGCUUGCAGCGAAGAAGAGCAUCGAUCUUGCUGAGCUUCAGGUCAAGGCGGGCAAUUCGUGCAUGGGUGGAUUCUCUGGUGGGACGUUUGCUAGUAUGAAGGAGAUGGCAGGGGGAUGGCAACUCAAGCCCGCUAAGCCGUUGGCUAUUGCAGAUGCGUGCAGUGAGAAGGCUCCGGAGAAGUGCACCUCUGCCGUCAUUACGCCCAAUGCAACGUGGAUCGCUCCCUUCAAGACGUGGGGCACCAUCAAUCCUCUUGGGAUCCACAACGCUCGAGUGGCCUACCACUCUGCCCGCCUAGUCGACGGCUCCUCCUCUACGGAAACGUACGGCCCCAACUUCAAUGUCGUGGACUGUGUGAUACCGCCCGGCAUGACCAGUCUCCCCUGGCCCAUCGCCUUCCUCUUCGCCCACAUCAUCGCCAGCAUUACAAAGAUGGUCUUGCUCGUAAUAGACCGCUCGCAAAUGGUACGCAACUUCGUGACCCGCUUCAUGCCCACUGGCUCAGGGCCCAGUCGCAAGGUCCAAGAGGCUGGCUUCCUCGACCUGCGUGCGUUAGCUGUUGGCUACCCAGCCAAGUCGCAGCAGAAACCCGUAGCGAGUGUCGCACGCUGGUUGAUCAAGGACGCUGAUCCAGGGUACAAGAUGACGUCCAGGUUGGCGGUGGAGGUCAGCCUUUUCCUGGCGCUGGCCACGGGCGAGGCAACGCAGCCUGACAAGGUCAAGGGGAUGACGCGCGGUGUGAGAACGGUGGCUAGUUUGGGUGACGAGGCCCUUGCUACGUUGCUGAAGAGGUUGAAGGAGUUUGUCGGCAUCAGUGUUGAGGUCACUGACUGGAACGAGGGUGGAUUGGGAAAGAAGUUGCUUGGUGCGGGUGGGAACAAGGAGAAGCUUUGAGUCAGGGCAAGCAGAGCAGGAGGUCAUCGAGGAUGACGGAGGGCAAGGGACGUGUCGCUGAGGCG